GCAGCAGCUAGCCUAGCCUAUGAAGAUUCACUCAACACGGUAGGACAAGCCCAUCCACUAUUAUGCCCAGCGCCAUAGCUUCUUCACCAAUUCACCAAACACCAACCAAGUCACAAACGAUGGCUCUUGUUCAGCAGCUUCUUCUCUUCCUUGGCAGCUAGCGAUAGGAAGAGAGAAUUCAAGAUGGCUGGGGUGAGCUCUGCGACGGGGGCGAUGAGCUCCCUCAUCGGCAAGCUCGCCGCCUUGCUCACUGAGGAGUAUAAGCUGCUCGCAGGGGUCCGGAAGCAGAUCAAGUUCCUGGAGCGCGAGCUCAGCAGCAUGCGAGUCUUGCUUGACAAACUUGCGGGCAUGGAGGAAAAGCUCGACGGCACUGCCAAGGAUUGGAGAGGUAAAGUGCGUGACCUCAGCUACGACAUAGAAGACUGUAUCGACCGUUUCAUGGACCGGCUUGGCAGCGGAGACGCCAAGCCAAAGUUCAUGAAGAAAACCGCACGCCGGCUCAAGACGCUGUGGGCACGCCAUGACAUCGCGACCCAGAUCAAAGACCUCAAAGCUCGUGUCGUCGAGGAGAGCGAGCGGCGUGAUCGGUUCAAGCUUGAUGAGAUUCCAAUGAAGGUUGUGGUAAUCGACCCACGGAUAACUGCGCUCCACGAGGAGGCGAGGGGCUUGGUGGCGAUGGACGGCCCGGUGAAGGACAUGGCUGGCAUGUUGACGGAUGAAAAAGAAAAGGAGCUGAAAGUGGUGGCUAUUGUGGGAUCUGGAGGGUUGGGGAAGACAACCCUUGCCAUGGAGGUUUACCGCAAGAUUGGAGCAGACUUCCAGUGCCGAGCUUCUGUAUCGGUGUCACGCACUAUUGAUCUGGAGAUGCUCUUGAAGGAUAUCUUGUUUCAGGUUGACAUAGAUGUGUAUAGAGAGUGUCAGUCAGAGGGUUGGAGAUUACAACAAAUAAUCCGCAAAACCAAGCAGAUCUUGACCGGAAAGAGGUACUUCAUUAUUAUCGAUGAUGUAUGGAAAGAACAAGAUUGGACAUUGAUCAAGAGAGCGUUUCCUGAAAAUAAUAAUAGUAGCAGAAUUCUUGCUACUACACGCAUUACCGGUGUAGCUAAUCUAUGUUGCUCCAACUCUACUAGUCAACUCUAUCAAAUGGCACCUCUAGAUGAUGCCAAUUCUCGAAGAUUGUUCUUUCAGAGAAUUUUCAGCUCAGAUGAUCACUGUCCUGCUGAACUAGAGGAAGUUUCUACUAAGAUCUUAAAAAAAUGUGGCGGUCUGCCACUGGCUAUAAUCACAUUUGCAAGUUUGCUUGCCAGUAAGACACAUGACAGGGAUGAAUGGGAGAGACUGCAAGAUUCCAUCGGUACUGGUUCUUCGCUUGAAAAUGAUGGGAACUUAAAAGGGAUGAACGAUAUAUUGUUACUUAGUUACUGGGAUCUUCCACACCACCUGAAGACUUGUUUACUGUAUCUGUGUAUAUUUCCAGAGGACUACAAAAUCAGUUGUGAAGAACUGAAAUGGAAAUGGAUUGCUGAAGGAUUCCUUGCUCCACGAUGGGGACGUUUGGAUGAAGUAGCAGAGAAUUGUUUUAAUGAACUUGUUAACAGAAAUAUGAUCCAACUAGUGGAUGUUGAGUAUAAUGGUUCCAUGGAAUAUUGUCGUGUCCAUGAUAUGGUGCUCGACCUUAUCAUAUCUUUAUCAGAUGAUGAUAAUUUUGCCACUGUUUUAAAUGGACGUGUCUGCAACUCUUUUCCAAGCAAGAUCCGCCGGCUGUCAAUGCAAUCUACAGGCGAAGAACAUGUUCGUGCUGUUACAGAAACCAAGUUACAUCUUCGCUCACUAACUACAUUCCGGGCAAUUGAGCAGAUGCCCUGUCUUGUGCAUUUCCAUGCUUUGCGGGUGUUGGAUCUCAAAGCAUGUGAUUGGUUGGAAAACAAGCAUGUGAAAAAUAUAGGAAGUUCACGUCACCUGAGGUAUUUGCGAAUAAGGAGUACUAAAAUUACGGAGCUUCCUGGGGAGAUCGGAAAGCUGCAGUACUUGGAGACUCUCGAUUUGCGGGGUUGUAUUUCAUCAGAUCUAAGACUGCCAUCAACUGUGGUGCAGUUGAAGAAAUUGGUGCGCCUAAUAGUCUCAAGUACCACACGGUUGCCUUUCGGUGAGUUUGGCAGGUUGCAAACCUUGGAGGUCUUGGAGGAGAUAAACAUGUGGAAUACUGACGACCCAAUGAGAUUUGCAGAAGAGCUUAGGCAUCUAACAGAACUGAGAAAACUAUGUAUAUGUCUCUGGGGCUGCCUUGGCAUGGAAAAUGCAAAAAGACAAAGAUUUGUGGGACUUUUGUCGUCAUCUGUAAAUGAGUUGGGUAAAUGCAACCUUCGUUAUCUUCAUAUCGAUGACGGAGAGAUGUACGAGAGUAUAUUCUCUGACCCAUGCUGCACCUAUCCGUACCUCCAACAUCUUAAACUUGAUCCCUUUGCAUACAUUAACAUGGUUCCCAAGGGAAUGACCUCCCUCAAAAAUGUGGUGGAACUAUGCAUAGUGGUCAUGGAAUUUGAUAAGGAGGGUCUCCAUCGCCUCAUGGGCAUGCCUUCUUUGGCCCAUCUUGAGCUACAAAUAAAAGGGACGAACAACGAAAAACUGACAGUCGGUAUCAAUGGAUUCAAGCUUCUAAAGGUGUUCCACGUCGACUGUAUGACGUACGGGUAUUUCAGCCAAUUUGCACCCCAGCCGUGGCUAACAUUUGCACCAGGUGCUGUGCCAGCACUCCGACGGCUCCAUCUUAAAUUAAAUCCAAUGAAGGAGGUGGCGUCCGAUUUUUUGGCAGAAUUGGGCGUCGAGUAUUUGUCAGGCCUUGCACACCUCCAGGUCAAGAUCAAUUGUUACAGAGCAGUCCUAGGCCGGGUGGAGGCUGUGGAGUCUUCCAUUGGAAAACAAAUCGACUUGCACCCCAACUAUGAAACAAAAAUUCAUGUCAGCAGAGAGUCAGAAGAUUACAUGUAUAAGGACGACAAGGAGUGGGAAGAGGCCCCCGAAAACGAAAGAGAGGAUAGGUCAGUAUACUAUAAUACAGUAUACUAAAAUACAAUGGUGGGGUAAAGCAGGGAGGAAGACAGGGAGACGGAGAAAUGAGAGACUGGCCACCAAGGACUAGCUGCCAUAUCCUGGUAAUCAAAAUUGACGUGGUUUUACCACCUUCCAUAUGAAACCAUUAUCUAAAAUAUGUCUUGCAUUCGUCACUUUGAAAUAAUGUGAAUAUGCUGUAUAUACGUUUUGCCGAUUAUUCAACAGCAGGCGAUAGAUCGAAGCCAUGCAUAUGCAGAUAGCAAUCCUGAUUUAUUUAUUUUGCAAGUCUGCAACUGGCCACCAGCAUGGGAAUUUGCCGAGUAAUGGUAUUGAAGGUGCCGGUUUUGUGUGUGGUUUGAGCUAUUUGCCAGCCUCUCGUCCCAUUGUGUUGCUUUGAGUACAAUUGUUGCAAUUUGCAUCUUUGAUUGUGUAACACCGUCCCUGAAUUUUAUCAAUUCUCGCCGUAGCAAAAGUAUUUUUUUUAUUGUUUGCA